AUCAUGGUCGGGGAAGGCAUCGUGUACUGCCUCCAGUCCAAGCUGAAGGGCCGCACCAGCGCGGAGGGCAGCAUCAAUGCAGGUGGCUGCAACUUCAAUUCCUUCCUCCGCCGGACUGUCCGCUUCGUAGGUGUCCAUGUAUUUGGCCUGUGUGCUACAGCCCUUGUCACUGACAUCAUCCAGUUGGCCACAGGCUACCAUGCCCCCUUCUUCUUAACGGUAUGCAAGCCCAACUAUACCUUGCUGGGCAUCUCCUGCGAUGCCAACCCUUACAUCACCCAGGACAUCUGUUCUGGCCAGGAUGCCCACGCCAUUCUCUCUGCCAGGAAGACCUUCCCAUCCCAGCAUGCCACCCUUUCGGCUUUCGCAGCUGUCUAUGUGUCGAUGUACUUUAACUCCAUCAUCUCCGAUAGCACCAAGCUGCUCAAACCCAUCCUGGUGUUUGCCUUCGCUAUUGCGGCUGGGGUCUGCGGCCUCACCCAGAUCACCCAGCACCGCAGCCACCCCAGUGACGUCUACAGUGGUUUCCUCAUUGGCGCUGGCAUUGCUGCCUAUCUGGCCUGCCAUGCUGUGGGUAACUUCCGGCCCCCACUGGAGAAGCCCCCAGCCCCCGUCCCAGCCAAGGAUGCCCUGCGGGCCCUGACGCAGAGAGGCCACGACUCGGUCUACCACCAGAACAAGUCGGUCAGUACGGAUGAGCUGACGCCCCAGACCAGGCUGGAGGGCGUGCCUCGGCCGGUGCCACGAGAGAAGACGUCGCUGGGCAGCCUGAAACGGGCCAGCGUGGACGUGGACCUCCUGGCCCCUCGGAGCCCCAUGGGCAAAGAGAACAUGGUCACCUUCAGCAACACCCUGCCCAGAGUCAACACGCCCUCCCUGGACGACCCUGCGCGGCGCCACAUGACCAUCCACGUGCCCCUGGAUGCCUCCCGCUCCAAGCAGCUCAUCACCGAGUGGAAACAGAAGUCUCUGGAGGGGGGCCGGGCCCUGGCUCUGGCGGAGGAGCUCGGACCCGGCCACCUCCGAGGGGCCGCUGAGCCCAUGGCUGAGGAGGAAGAAGAAGAUGAUGAAGAAGAAGAGGAGGAGGAGGAAGAAGAAGAGGAGGAGGGGGGCCCCAUCCCACCUUCCCUAUACCCUACCGUGCAGGCCCGGGCUGGGGCCGAGAGGCCAGGCCUCGGGCCCCGGGUGCUCCUGCCGCCACGAACCGGCGCCCCGCCAUUAGUGCACAUCCCCGAGGAGAGUCAAGCUGCGGCGGGCGGCCCGGCCAGUGCCAGCCUCUCCCCCAAGAGCGGCUCAGCCGUGCGGGCCAAGUGGCUGAUGAUGGCCGAGAAAGGGGGAGCCUCGGUCACAGCCCCACCUCGAGUGGCCAACCCACCUCGGCUCCUGCAAGUCAUCGCCAUGUCCAAGGCGCCGGGCUUGCCCGGAGGGCCGCCCGGCCCGAAGGCGGUGGAAACGGCUUCCUCGUCGAGCGCCAGCUCCGACUCGUCCCAGUACCGCUCGCCCUCGGAGCGCGACAGCGGCAGCAUCGUCACCAUCGACGCCCACGCCCCCCACCACCCCGUGGUGCACCUCUCCUCCGGCAACGGGCCCUGGGAGUGGAAGGCGGCCUCCGGGGCCAAAGCGGCGGAGCUCGGAAGCGACACCUACGAGCUGGGGGAGCUGGCGGGCCGCGAUUACCGUGCCGGGGGCAGCUUCCGGGCCAGCAAGGCCCCCGGGGUGUCUCCUGGAUCCUCCAUCAGCGACAUGGACCAGGAGGAGCCGCCGCGUUUCUCCGGCGUGGCCACCGUCAACCUGGCCACAGGCGAGGGAAUGCCGACCCCGGGCGAUGCGGUGCUGGGACCCGCCAGCAGGGAGUCCACCCUUCGACGGAAACCCGGCAGCCUGGCGCUGUCCGAAAGAGACGGGCACGGAGAAGCCGAGGCGGAAAAUUACUACAAGAAGAUUCCAGCCGGCCGCCGGUUUAAGGACUAAACUCCCCCGGGGGUGGCCUGGAUCCCGGCGCUCACUGCCCACCGGCUUGGGCUCCCAGGCCCAGGGGGACGCGCUCGCGCACGCGCGCUCUCUCUAGGUGCUCAGGGCAUGGAGCCAGGCAUUCACCCUGAGGGGAGACCUGUUGCCCAGGGGACCAGGAGAUGCUAAAGAGGAGGGCCCGGCGGGAAUCCGCUUCAACCACGGGCU